GCCAUCUGCUGCCAGAAAACUUGGCAGCUCUCAUUUUUUGGUUCUCCGGUUCUCCUCGCCAGAAGCGCCGCGUGUGUCUUCUGGCUUUACCACCUCGCCAACUUAUUUUUGGUUUGCAAAGAAAAAAAAAAGAAGAAAAACCCUCAAUCGUCUUCUGUAAGGAGAGGAUUUGGCUCGGAUGAGAGCGUUAUUUCCCUUUUCUACUCCGCUGCUGCCGCCGUUCCUGCUGUGCGUCCCUUGUCGCGCGUACAGCACAAGAGGGAUGUAGAGACUAAAGCUCGAACCCUGCAGCUGGGGUUCCCUGCACAUCACCGAGAAGGCACUGCGCAGGAGAGGGAGAGAGAGAGAGAGACAGAGGGGAAGAAGGGAGGAGAAGGUGAGAUACAGAGUCGGGAAGAGUCAGGAGCGCCAUAUCCCUGCUGUGGCUGAGCGUUUACGCGCGAUCCGACGGAACAUCUCCAGCCUCUCCAGGACUGAUUCCAACAUGAUAACUUCUAAACUCCUUGUUCGCACCUAAUCUGGCUUUCUUUAUGGGCUGCAAAGAGAAUAAAGGUGCAACUUUUUGCAACGGACACCAUCCACGUGAAGUUUUCCUUUUUGGGUGCCAAUUACAAAGAGUUGGUGUCCAAGCCCCCCCCCCAUCUAAUCGCCGGUGACCCUCUUGGCCAGCUCUCUGCUUCCAAAGCACAAGGAAUUAUCCUAUUUUCCCUCUCCGAUAAGGGAAAACAGUAAAGCUGUGCAGAAAAAUGGAGAAUUUGACUCAUUUUCAACCCGUGUGCUCUUUUCAGGGUCCGACUGCUCCUGCUUUCUGUUGAAACGCAGAGUUCAGGCCGUAAGGAUAAAAGCCCAAGGGUUUUGACAUUUCAGUUCGUUUUAAUUUUUGCUCCUCUUCUUGCUUCAGUGCAUUUUGGAGGAAAGCCCAAAUGAUGGGUUGGUGUUGCUCAGGCGUACGGAGAGCCCUGGCUCUCCUGGUGCUCCUGUUUGUCUUGCGGGGGAAAGGCUGUUGCUGUUGGGGGCUAAAUCCCAACUCUGGGGACGAGGAGAAGUCCCUACGCUCUGAUCCUGACUCCUGGGAGGCCUUGCACAGGCACAAACGCAGCUGGGUAUGGAACCAGUUCUUCGUGUUGGAGGAGUAUACAGGGAAUGAGCCUCUCUACGUUGGCAAGCUGCACUCUGAUGUGGAUAAAGGAGAUGGCAAAGUGAAGUAUGUGUUAUCUGGUGAGGGUGCCACCUCUAUCUUCACUAUCGAUGAGAACACUGGAGACAUCCACGCCACAAAGCGCCUUGAUCGGGAGGCCCAGGCCUACUACACCCUACAAGCUCAGGCUAUAGACCGGUUAACCGACUUACCUGUAGAACCCAGGUCUGAGUUUGUGGUGAAGGUGCAGGACAUCAAUGACAAUGAACCAAAGUUUCUUGAUGGGCCAUACUUGGCAGGGGUACCGGAGAUGUCACCUUUAGGAACCAUGGUGGUGCAAGUGGCAGCCACAGAUGCAGAUGACCCGACAUAUGGGAACAGUGCCCGGGUGAUCUACAGCAUCAUUCAUGGACAGCCAUACUUCUCUGUGGAGCCCAAGACAGGUGUCAUAAGAACAGCUUUGCCCAAUAUGGAUCGAGAGACAAGGGACCAGUAUGUGCUGGUCAUUCAGGCCAAAGACAUGGUUGGCCAAAUGGGUGGCCUCUCUGGCACAACGUCUGUCACAGUCACGCUCACCGAUGUCAACGACAACCCACCACGGUUUGCCCACAAGAGCUAUCAGUACACAGUGCUGGAGUCACUGCCGGUGCAAUCUGUGGUGGCCAGAAUCAAAGCAGCAGAUGCUGAUAUCGGCUCCAAUGCAGAGAUGGACUACAGGAUCAUGGACGGUGACGGGCCCGGCAUGUUCAACAUCACAACAGAUGAGGACACACAAGAGGGGGUUAUUAUUCUGCAGAAGCCUCUAGAUUUUGAGACAAGAAGCGGCUUUGCUCUAAGAAUCGAAGCCACAAACAGGAACAUUGACUCCAAUUUCUUGAGCCUGGGCCCAUUUAGCGACACAACUUCAGUCAAAGUUGCUGUGGAAGAUGUGAAUGAACCACCCCUCUUCUCUACACAACUCUCCAAAAUGAAUGUUUCAGAGGACGCCAAAGUGGGCACAUCUAUUGGUAGAGUCUCUGCUCAUGACCCCGACACCUCCAACAGUGGAAUCAGGUACUCCAUUGACAGGAACACAGACUUAGAGCGAUUUUUCAACGUGGACGCUCUGAGUGGGAUCAUCAGUACAGCAAAGCCUCUGGACCGAGAGGCCAACUCUGUCCACAAUCUCACCAUUUUGGCCAUCGAGAUCUUGGAUCCAAACCAGGUUGGCAAAGGCAUCGCUCUGAUCUCGGUGCGGGAUGUAAAUGAUAAUGCCCCAGUCUUUGCAAUCGACUAUGAAACUCUCCUGUGUGAAAACUCAAUGCCGGGACAGGUGAUUCAGACCAUCAGUGCAGUGGAUAAGGAUGAACCGCUGAGCGGGCAUCGCUUUCAUUUCGCCCUUGAUGCCUCCGUUGCUGGAAACAUGAACUUCACCCUGCGAGAUAACAAAGACAAUACAGCAUCCAUACUGACAAAGCGAGGCGGCUUCAGGAGACGGGAGCAGCCAGUGUAUCGAUUGCCAGUGUUGAUCACAGACAAUGGAAUCCCUGCCCUCAGCAGCACAAACACACUGUCGGUGCGAGUGUGCGACUGCGACUCCGACGGCGUGGCCCUGUCUUGUGGAGCAGUGGCCUACACAGCUACAGGCCUUAGCACUGGUGCCCUCCUGGCCAUUCUGGGCUGCAUUAUCACACUUCUAGUGAUGGUUCUGCUGAUUGUAACAAUGCGCCGGAGAAGGAAGCAGCCCUUGAUCCUGGAGGAGGAGAGGGACAUCAGAGAGAACAUUGUCCGUUAUGAUGACGAAGGAGGGGGAGAGGAGGACACAGAGGCCUUUGACAUGGUCACCCUUCGCAAUCUCAACAUCAUUAGAGAUCCCACAGUGCGGCGAGACGUCACACCUGACACUCCCACAUUCUACCAUUACACCUCUGCUUCACGGCCACCCUACAGGUCACUGCCAGACAAUGUUGUGUUUCGAGAGUUCAUUUGGGAGAGGCUGAAGGACGCUGAUGUGGACCCCACAGCUCCCCCAUAUGAUUCCCUGCAGACAUAUGCCUUCGAAGGCAGCGGUUCUGUAGCUGAGUCGCUGAGUUCUUUGGAGUCAUUAAGUACGGAUUCAGACCAGAACUACGACUACCUCAGCAAUUGGGGGCCGCGCUUUAAGAAGUUGGCUGAUCUGUAUGGCAACAGUGACAGUGGCAAUGUGCUAUCAUAGCCUCCAAAUGUCUCUCUUUACAGUUCUGGAACUUUCAUACGUGAGUAAUAUAUUGUCAGAGCAAGUGGUUUUGUCUACCUUGGUGCAGCUAAGGAAAAGAUUCAAAGACAACACAAGCGAUUGAAGGGAAAACGCUUUAACUUCAAAGGUUUUUUUGGUUUGUUUACCUCCCUGUAUGGGCUUUAAAAAGCUUGCCAUGGUGAGUUUUGACACUGACUUCAAAAGUGGCUUGACUGAGGAGGAAGCCUUGUGUGCAAAAGACAUUAAAGGUUUCAUAUUUUUGGGCCGGAGUCCAACCGCUGACUGCAAAAUGCAUUACACGUGGAAGCUGUUUUCUUUUUUUUUAUAGGGAGAAACCUGUCCUUUCAUUCUGUUGAUGGGCACAGGCACAACACUCCUGCUUUGAUGCAUUCCUUUGCUAUCUCUGUGCUAAAAAACAAAAAGUUUCUCAUGAAAGGCUGUCCCCCUGGCAGCUAAUCAGUAGUCUCUGGACUACCCAGAUGAAAUAUGAGAACAAUUUAUGUUUCUUAUUUCUGUUUUUUUUUUCUCUCUCUCUCUCUCUUUUUUUCUUUUUUUUUUGCUGAAGAAAGUUGAAAAUGGCCUGUAUUUUAUAAAUCUUAACACCCAGAGCCACAUUAGUCUUGGACUCAGUCAUGCCUUUUAAAGUUACUAGCCAGACCUGUUUGUAAAAGCUGAUCAAAUUCACUUGAUAUAUUAGCACCUAUAAUGCAGCAUUUGUUUCAGUAUUUUGUUGUAAAUCACUGUAGAAAAACAAAAAAAAAAGAAAUCUAAAAGGAUGUCCCUAGACUACAUGAAUUUAUGUUGAUAUCAAAAAGGGGUAAAUCAUUUAGUUUAGGACCUAGCAAACAGGGAUUUUUAUCACAUCUCUGUUUAUUGUCAGAUUUUGACCUAUCAAUUUUAGCCAAUUACAAAUUCUCUUUAGGAAUUUUAAUUAGCAGGCUAAUAAAUAUUUUACAGCCUUACUGCUUUGAUUUUUCAUAAUGCAUUUGUAUUAAGAGCAAAGACAGCAUUACCUUAUUGUAUUUGACCCACUCUUAUGCUUUUUUAAAACCAUGAACAAAUUGUUAGAGCUCAAACUGUUAUUUCAGAUUUUUGUAUUUGUAAUUGUCAUGAAUUGCAGUUAGUUUUAAAUAUUCUGUCUCCAUACUGUAUGUAUUCACUAAAUAUUAGAAUAUUAUGAUUCUUAUAUUAGCUUUGAGAUUUUCAAACAGCUAUACACUUUUCCAAAUCCAACAUAUUCUAUAGGGUGAGUGUGGUAUGUUCAACCUUCUUGCACUCUGCUAAAGGUAGCUACGGGUCAGUCUGCACCUCUGUCAGGUUAGAGAAAUUACUCCAAGGUUGGGUAAAAUCUGUCUUUUUUUCCAUUUGAUUUAAAAAAAAAUGGGUAAAAAAUCAUGAAAAAUCGAAAGUCGGAACUGUCGGAUAAGCAGAAUGUACAUUACUCGCUAAAGUCUAGAUUUAUUUUGUAGUAGCCUCAAUGAACAGCAAACACACCACUAAAAAUAUAUAUUGUUAGAACCAAAUGUAACAUACUGUUGGGGAAAUUUUAAGAGAAGUUCAUUAGUUAGGCUAUGCAGAAAGGUUAGUUAUUUGGGUAGCACUCAUAUAGGGAUUAAUAAUACAUACUUUCCAUAGAAGAUGUAAAAUGUAUUUAUUAAUUUUUCAUACAAUAAUAUCUACCCUACAGAAGAGAGACCUCUUUCCACUAGAUGAUAGGUGUUUGCACAUCAUAUUUUUUAAGAGCUGCUUCUUUGAACCAUGCUUUUCUUUCCAUGUUUUUCUAUUUGUCAGCAGCUGAGUUCUUUUUUUCUCUUUAGGGCAGAAGGACAUGUGUCAGUGCUACAUGAAAGUACUGCAUCAAUGCCCAAAUAAUAUUUAUAAUAUGAAGAUAAAAUAAAACAUGGAAAAACAUAAUUUUUCUUUUUAGCAAAUUAACGCAAAAAGCUUAAAAAAGUCUGGUCAAUAUGUCAUUCUUCAUUUGAUCUAAAAGAAGAUUAGGAUGAAAAAACAGUCCCACAGGUAGCUGCAAUGCCACUGCAAAAUCCAUCACUACCAGAAUCAAUGAUUGCCAGGAAUACUCGCUUAAGAUUAGCCAAAUCCAGCCAGUUGGCUCUACUGUGAAUGCUGCUGUCAGAGAGUCAUGCCAUCACCAUCUUUCCUAUAACUGUGCAGCCAAAAAAGAUAUGAAUGCGUAUAGGAGAAGUAAAUAUAUUCAUAAUAUACAAUACAUUGAAUUAGUAUGCAUUCCUGAACUUGGAAUGGUUCAGGAUCAUACCGUCUUGCUAAAACUGCUCAUACGUUUCUUAAUAUCUCAACAUUUUAGAAUUUUACAAUCAAAAAGAGUAUUUUUGUUUUUCAGGGCCAUUGAAGUUCUUCAGAGCUGAUGGGAAUAGAUGGAGUUAAAUUCAGUUCCGUCCUAAAGGCGCACCUAUCCGAAUCAGCACCAGACUGGAGACGUUGGAGAGAGGUGUACCUUCCAACAGGACAGCAAACAGACCCUAAAAAGAUAGUUAAGGUUAUAUUUAAAUGGUUUAGAUCAAAAUGUGUCUGUGUGUUAGAAUGGUUCAAAGUUCAGACCAAGAUCUAGUCAGUAAGCUUGACAAUAGCUGUUUAUAGGCAGUCAUAAUUCCUUUUUAGAAUGUUUUAGUUAUUUAGAAAAGAGAACUGGGCAAAAAUCUGAAUCCAAAGAUGUGUGAAGCUGGUAGAGACUUUUUUAAAAUGACUUCUGGGCUGUAAUUGUAGCUUAAGAUCAUUUCCCAAAAUACUGACACCAAUUACAAGUUUAAAAUGUACUAUUUAGGUGGUAUUUUUUUAUGAAAAAUUUAUAAAAUUGUAUUUCUUUUUACAGGGUUGUCAUCUAAUUUGUGUUGGUCUUUCUCUACAAAUUCCAAAUAUAUUAAAGUGAAGUGUGGCAUUGCAGAUGACAAUGUUGAAACGGUUUUAUUUAAACUCUAUUAUAUUGAAAGGCCAACCAAUGUCUUUAUCAAUAUGUGCAUAAGCUUUACCAUCUAUAGGAGGACCUAUUGUUGCUAAGAGACCCAGCACAGGUGUAAACAACUAAUGUUGAAUGAGUCAAAACUUGAAUUCUUGCUCUGCCGGAUGUCAUUUGUUACCUCAAGAGGUCCAACAGAGUAAAUCCUUUAAAAUUUAUGUUUUUGUACAUCUGCUUUUGAAAUCUUUAUUUUGCAAUUAUUAAUACAUACUUAAUCACUAAGCUGCAUUUUAUGAUUGUACAGCUUUUUUCUAUAAAUAAAUACAUCUCUGGCUAGUAUCUUUAACACUAUAUGACACACACAUUCAUACAUAUACAGUAUAACCAAGUGCAGUAGUUGAUGUGCUAAGGAAGUUGUGUGAAUCAUAAAAAGAACAACAUCCAUCAGUUUUAUAUAUCAUAAGACGACAAAGAGAAACACAAACGUUGUCUUGAAAGUGCAUUUUGCAGAUGUUGCAACGUAGUGUGUGUCUCUGUCUGUUUCUACUUCUGCCUUUCUAUUACCUACAGUAAAAAUCCUAAGCUAUGAACUGUCUGGGUGUAAUUGUUCAGAUUUUCUAUGAGGCUGGUGGUUCUGAUUCAAGAGCCUUGAUGAUGGAUUUUUAUGUGUUGUGCUAGAGAUUUAUUCCACCUAGACUCUAGGAAUAAAAUAAGUAUUUGUUUUUAAAGUGACAGACCUUAAAAAGGUCCGGUUUGUAAGUAAUUUAAUUUUGCUUCCGUAGUUUGCAAAGUCCAGCAUAAUGUCAUUUGAAAAUGAAAUCUUAAAAAAUGUAUGGUUUGAAUAUUGAUUGUGAAAGGACACACUGUAUAAUAAUCAUAAUGUGCCAAUUCUAUUAUUAGUUUUUUUUUUCAAGCUUAAACAAAGUUAUGUUAGUGCUGGGUAUGCACAUGUGAAGCCACUAUGUAUUAUUUAUUUCAAAGAGGCAGAACUGUGGAAAUGAUGUUUUUAUCUUUUUGCUGAAAAUAAAAUGACAUUCGGUUCUU